GUGAUGUGCUCUGGGCAGCCCUGCUUUGGCCGGGAACUGGGACUGGAUGGUCUCUAGAAGGUCCCUUCCAACUCUGACAAUUCCAUGAUUCCAUGAAAAGCCGAGGUCUCCGUGUAACUGCUGCAAAAGGGCGAGAAGAGCCGUCCUGCGCUUCUUCUGCAACAAUCCCUUGCCUCUAGACAAGGACCAUGGGCUGCGUCCACUCCCUAAUUAAUUAGUGUCAGAACUAGAGCGGGAGAGUGCAGGUGGAAAGGGGUUUGUGGAGACUGAGCCGGGAGAACAGUCGCCAUGAAGAACCAAGGCGGGGAGACCAAAGCAGCCCCACGGUCUGGUGGCUCUUCCAAAAUGAGCAGCGGUUUGGUGCUGGAGGAGGGCGACUCGCCAGAGGCCGCGGCACCCCUGGAAGCUCCUCUUGCCCAGGAGGACACCAAGUCCUCCCGGCCUGCCGUGCGUGACGUCUCCGAAGAGCUCAGCAGACAGCUUGAGGACAUCUUGAACACGUACUGCGUGGAUGCCAGCCAGGAGGGGCCCGGAGAGGACGGGGGGCAGAGUGAGCCCACUGAGCCCGAAGAGGCCGAGAAGUGUCGCAGCGAGUCCCCCAGGAACGGUGACCAGGAGACGGGGGGCCCCGAGAUGAACGGGGAGAAGGAAAGCACGAAGGGGACUGAAGAGUUUCGACCUGGCGAGGAGUGUGGGGAGCGGGAUCAGAAGAAGACUCAGGAAAAGAAGAAAGCCAAGGGCCUGGGCAAAGAAAUCACUUUGCUGAUGCAGACACUGAACACCCUGAGCACGCCCGAGGAGAAACUAGCAGCGCUGUGCAAGAAAUACGCUGAGCUGCUGGAAGAGCACCGUAACUCCCAGAAACAGAUGAAGAUCUUGCAGAAGAAGCAGACGCAGCUGGUGCAGGAGAAGGACCACCUGCAGAGCGAGCACAGCAAAGCCAUCCUGGCCCGCAGCAAGCUGGAGAGCCUGUGCCGCGAGCUCCAGAGACACAACCGCACCCUCAAGGAAGAAGGUGUCCAGCGUACGCGGGAGGAAGAGGAGAAGCGGAGGGAGGUGACAUCCCACUUCCAGGUGACGCUGAACGACAUCCAGCUGCAGAUGGAGCAGCACAACGAGAGGAACUCCAAGCUGCGCCAGGAGAACAUGGAGCUGGCAGAGCGGCUCAAGAAGCUCAUCGAGCAGUACGAGCUGCGGGAGGAGCACAUCGACAAGGUGUUCAAACACAAGGACCUGCAGCAGCAGCUGGUGGACGCCAAGCUCCAGCAGGCGCAGGAAAUGCUGAAGGAGGCAGAGGAGAAACACCAGCGGGAGAAGGACUUUUUGCUGAAGGAAGCUGUGGAAUCGCAGAGGAUGUGUGAGCUGAUGAAGCAGCAGGAGACCCAUCUCAAGCAGCAGCUGGCUCUCUACACGGAGAAGUUUGAAGAAUUCCAGAACACCCUUUCCAAAAGCAGUGAAGUGUUCACCACAUUUAAACAGGAGAUGGAGAAGAUGACUAAGAAAAUCAAGAAGCUGGAGAAAGAGACCACCAUGUACCGCUCCCGCUGGGAGAGCAGCAACAAGGCUCUUCUGGAAAUGGCUGAGGAGAAAACCCUUCGGGACAAAGAGCUAGAGGGGCUUCAGGUGAAAAUCCAGCGCUUGGAGAAACUGUGCCGAGCCCUUCAAACGGAGCGCAACGACCUCAAUAAGAAGGUGCAGGACCUGUGUGCCCACGCGCCCCGGGCAGACACGGACCUGUUGGAGCCUUUGAAGGACCCGUCUCGGGACGGCCCGGAGGCGGCGGCGGGAGAUUCCCCGGCAGAGCAGCGCCCGGCUGAGGAUUGUCUGCACUCGGGGAAGCCGACGCACAGCACGGAUCCCGAGAGCCUGGGAGAACUGAGCAUAGGAGCCCUGGGGCAGAGCGGGACUGAGGAAGGCCCCCGGGGCUGCGAGUGAGCCUGCCGGGGCCUGGGCAGAGGUAGGGCGAGGGAGGGUUCAUGUGAAUGUUUCCGUAGACUCGAGCUGGUGCCCCUCUCCUGGUCCUUGGACAGGCGCGAGAGGACAGCCCUCCUGCGGAUUGGAGAUUUCCUAGCUUAGGUUUUUGGAGGGUUUUUAAAGUUUUUAUAAAUAUAUAUAUGAUAUAUAUAUGAUAUGUGCAGGGCAAUGUACACUUUAUAUAUGGAUAUACAUGAAAACUAGGAUGACCCACCUCCCUGCGUGUGCGUGAAUAACUAAUAUAUGGAGACUCAACCGAUCGUCCCUUUCACUAGAAGACCUUGCCCGUUGGCAGGAUGGAUGCGCCUCCCCAAAAUGCGAGCGCAGCUGAGGAGAGCGGGUGCGUGGCUCUGCCCCGGCGCGGGGACGGUGGGUGCGUCGCUGCCUCCGCCCUCACACGGACUCUGGCAUCGGGUGAAAUCCAACGGAGCCGAGACCCGAAGCGUUUCCCAGCGCUGGAUUCUCCCUCCCUCCUCUGCUCCCAGACUCACUCGUGGCUCCUUGUGCCCCGGUGGCAGCUCUAGGGUGGGAGCUGAGAAAAUGGGGGUGACAACCCCUCCUCUGUGGGGGCUUCGUGUGUUGAACGGGGACAAAAAGGAGCAGAGACACAGGGGGUGCCCGGUUCACCCACUCCCUCCCGCGGGGCCUUUGCUCUUCCCAGAACCUGCCGAUGUCUCAAUAGCCUUAUGAUUCACAGUUGCCUCUUUGCUAUACGCACAUGUGCACAAGUGUAUUAAACAGUUAAUCCAAAGCUCUAA